GUGUGAUAUUACUUGAUCGGUAGGUGCGCUGUGAUCUGUUUCUUGGUUAUAUUUUAAGGGACGCGGGGUCGAUCUACCUGUGAGUUGCAAGUGGUGGGUGGACUGUCAUCGUUUGUUUCGUUAACAUCAGGUAAAAAUGUAUAAGGCAAGGACAGUGUUUAGUACAUUGGCGCCUUUAGCGCCACGAAUGUGUAGGCCUGAAAGAUUUGCAUCAUGGUUGGUUCGGAGUCAUCCCCUGACAAGGACCACACAGGUGAUAGUCACCGAAUCAAUCAGAAAAUACAGCAAGGUAGCCACAGAACCAUUUCUCAAUGGCAGCUCUAGCUCUUAUGUAGAAGAAAUGUAUAAUGCAUGGCUACAAGAUCCUCAUAGUGUACACGUGUCUUGGGACUCAUUUUUCCGUAGUACUACUGCUGGAGCUGCACCAGGUCUAGCAUAUCAGGCUCCUCCUUCUCUUGCCCCAAGUCAUAAUCAAGUCCCAUUAGGAGCAUUGUUACCACUUGGUGGAGGUGGACAAUUGAGCCAAAUACCGAUUAAUGAAAAGAUCAUUGAUGACCACCUGGCUGUUCAAGCUAUUAUUCGUUCUUAUCAGGCUCGAGGUCACUUAGUUGCUGAUCUGGACCCACUGGGUAUCAUGCAAACAGACCUGAUACACACACAUUAUGCAGCCCGCAAGGGGUCUCCAGAACAGGUUCUGCGACAAUAUAUGCUUGAGGAGUCGGACAUGGAUCGUAUUUUCAAGUUGCCAUCCACCACUUUCAUUGGUGGCAAAGAAAAAUCAUUGCCGCUUCGUGAAAUCUUGAAAAGAUUAGAAUCUGCUUAUUGCGGUCACAUUGGUGUGGAAUUCAUGUUUAUCAACUCCUUGGAACAAUGCAAUUGGAUUCGACAAAAGAUGGAGACUCCUGGUGUCAUGGAGAUGACGAACGAUGAAAGAAGACUUAUUUUGGCUAGAUUAACUCGUGCAACUGGAUUUGAAGCAUUCCUUGCACGCAAGUGGUCAUCUGAGAAGAGAUUUGGUUUGGAAGGAUGUGAAAUUCUGAUCCCUGCUAUGAAGCAGGUAAUUGAUAAAUCAACUGAAUUAGGAGUUGAAUCCAUUGUCAUGGGUAUGCCCCAUCGUGGCCGUUUAAAUGUCCUUGCUAAUGUUUGCCGCAAGCCUUUGAGUCAAAUAUUUACUCAGUUUGCGGCUCUCGAAGCAGCUGAUGAUGGCUCUGGUGAUGUCAAAUAUCAUUUGGGCACAUACAUUGAGCGCUUAAAUCGAGUAACAAAUAAGAACAUUCGUUUAGCUGUUGUGGCGAAUCCAUCUCAUUUGGAAGCUGUCGAUCCGAUAGUACAAGGGAAAACUCGUGCAGAACAAUUUUACCGUGGUGAUGGUGAAGGCAAAAAGGUCAUGUCUAUUCUGCUGCACGGCGAUGCUGCAUUUUGUGGGCAGGGUAUUGUUUUUGAGACAAUGCAUUUGUCAGAUUUGCCAGAUUAUACGACUCAUGGUACUGUCCACAUUGUUGUGAAUAAUCAAAUUGGAUUUACCACAGAUCCAAGGCAUUCACGAUCUUCUCCAUAUUGUACUGACGUUGCAAGAGUAGUGAACGCACCCAUUUUCCACGUUAAUUCGGAUGAUCCUGAAGCAGUGAUGCAUGUCUGUAAAGUUGCUGCGGAAUGGAGAGCAACUUUCCACAAAGAUGUUGUCAUUGAUAUUGUAUCAUAUAGGCGAAAUGGUCACAAUGAGAUUGACGAACCUAUGUUCACACAGCCUUUAAUGUAUCGCAAAAUUAAAAAUACUCCACCAGUUCUGGAUAUAUAUGCUAAAAGUCUCAUCGACGAUAAUGUUGUUACUUCUGAAGAAGUUAAGGAUGUUAAAGAUAAAUACGAAAAAAUCUGUGAGGAAGCGUAUACCAAUGCUAGACAAGAAACUCACAUCAAGUACAAAGAUUGGUUGGACUCUCCAUGGUCCGGCUUCUUUGAAGGGAAAGACCCUUUGAAAGUAUCUCCUACUGGUAUUAAAGAAGACACACUCAUUCAUAUUGGGAAAAAGUUUUCGUCACCACCACCUAACGCGGCUGAAUUUGUAAUUCACAAAGGUAUCGAACGUAUUUUGAAGUCUCGUAUGGAAAUGAUAGAAGCACGAACAGUUGAUUGGGCUCUUGGAGAAGCUAUGGCCUUCGGUUCUUUGCUUAAAGAGGGUAUUCAUGUUAGGUUAUCAGGUCAAGAUGUAGAAAGAGGAACUUUCUCACACAGACAUCAUGUUCUCCAUCACCAAACCGUGGAUAAGGCUACUUACAGACCGCUGUGUUAUCUUUACCCAGAUCAAGCUCCAUAUACCGUGUGCAACAGUUCUUUGUCAGAAUUUGGUGUACUUGGAUUUGAAUUAGGCUACUCUAUGACAAAUCCUAAUGCGCUAGUGUGCUGGGAAGCACAAUUUGGUGAUUUUAAUAACACGGCACAGUGCAUAAUUGAUCAAUUUAUCAGCAGUGGUCAAGCUAAAUGGGUGCGUCAAUCUGGUCUUGUCAUGCUACAACCUCACGGACUUGAAGGAAUGGGGCCUGAACAUUCUAGCGCUCGCUUGGAACGUUUUCUGCAAAUGUCUGCUGAUGAUCCAGAUUACUUCCCUCCUGAGAGCGAAGAGUUUGCCGUACGCCAGUUGCAUGAUAUCAACUGGAUUGUAGCUAAUUGUAGUACACCAGCGAAUUAUUUCCAUAUUCUAAGAAGACAGAUUGCGUUGCCAUUUAGGAAACCUCUGAUUUUAAUGACACCAAAGUCGCUGCUUCGUCAUCCAGAAGCGAAGUCUAGCUUCGAUCUGAUGCUGGAAAAUACAGAAUUUCUUAGAGUGAUUCCAGAAGAAGGUGUAGCUUCUCAGAAUCCUAAUAACGUGAAAAGGUUACUUUUCUGUUCUGGCAAAGUUUAUUAUGAUCUGAAGAAAGCACGCGCGGAGAGGAAAUUAGACGACAAAAUUGCUAUUGCGAGAGUCGAACAGAUAUCACCUUUCCCAUAUGAUUUAGUCAAGAAAGAAGCUGCAAAAUAUGCUAAUGCAGAAUUAGUAUGGGCUCAGGAGGAGCCCAAAAAUCAAGGUGGAUGGACGUACAUUCAACCUAGAUUUCACACAGCUUUGAAUGGAAUUCGCUCUGUAUCCAGCGGAAGUACGUCAUACGACAGUAGGGGUAGCGGAGGGUGGUUUAGUGGUUGGUUUUCAUCGACUAAACCAACGGUUGUGUCCGAGCCGCUGUCGGUAGAAUCUAAUAAACUCAAACAGAGAACGUUAAGGUAUGUCGGUCGUCCAACAGCUGCUUCACCCGCAACAGGAAGCAAAAUGCAGCAUCUCAAAGAGCUAAAACAAUUAUUUGAUGAUUCUUUCGAACUUUAAUUAUCCUUCGUAGCACUAUGUAGAAUACAUUUUAUUUAUUUUCUCACAUUACAUCCCCCUCCUGCUCUGAAUAUAUCCUUUCAGAGAUCAACACAAGUUGAAGUAAUUUCUCCACUAUUAAUUCAUUUAGAUGAAUUAACGUACGCACGAAUAUUUUCUUAAUAAUAACAGACUUGGUUAAGAACUUGUUAUCCAGUUCUUCAAAUAAUUCUCAUAAUUCUCUUUAAAUUUAAUUUAUAUUUUUUUACGAUGUGUGGUCCAGUCGUAAAAAUUAAUAUACUGUCAAACAAUUUUUGACUUUUAUUAAAAGAAUGAUCGAUUGAAGUAUGAGAUAUAUAAACUAACUUAAACAAAACGAAAUUUUAUUUGCAAUGAGUAAUUCAUGUAAAUACAUGCAUUUCAUUCUUAUUUAAUGUUUGAAUGCGAUUCUAUAUAUAUAUACAUACAUAUAUAUAUAUAUUUUUUAAAUAAGUGACAUAUUUAUGUUGGUAUGCGAGAUGAAUGUUGAACCCAUGCAGUGAAUGAGAGAACAAGAAUAUUUUAUUAUGUAAAUAUAUUACAAGGACGAAAAUUAUCUGUGUGCAACUUUCUAACAUGAUUUACUCAUUGCUCAAAGUGCGAAGAAACAGUCGUUGUAUUAAUUGAAAAUAUUCGUGCGUUGACGUUUUGUAUUUUAUUUUAUUUCAUUAAUGUACAUUAAUAUAAAAUUAACAUUACGAAACAAAUAAGAUUAAAAAGAAAGUAUUAUUUUUAAUUUAUACAACAAUUUUACGCAGAGCGUAAAUAUAUUGAUAAUUACGACUGUGGAGAUUUAAAUGGAACUUUUUGGGGUUUGAAGAUGUACAUUUACGGCAAUUUUUUUAUUCAAUUGCUUAAGCCGUAGCAAAAGACAGCCAAUUUAUUUAAUUCUUUAAUUAUCGUUGCUGUAUUUUUAUAAAGAAUUAAAUGAUUGGUAGGUUGGUAGGAAUAUACGAAGAGACUUGUUGCAGCGUUAGAUUCGUUUGCGUAAAAUAUUGUGGAGAUGUAAAUUAUGUGAAUUUAGUAGGAAGGAAAACGUGUUUACGGGAUCGAAUCGUAAUGUUGUUCUUCGAAAAGUUUCAAAAAUUUCUCCCUUCUAAAGAAGAAAAAAGAAAAGAAAAAAAAAAGAAAGAAAAAGAUAUAGACAAUUUGCUAGUACUAGUUGGAAUAUUUAAAGAAAAAUAUUUUACUAUUACUUUAUCUCGGCCGAUGGUACACAUUGGUUGCUGCAUAGUCUGCGAAGGCACAGUAUUUAUAUUCUACGUAGAAAUUGUUUGAAAGAUGGGUUUUAUGAAUGGAAUAUGUGUGGUACCGUGCAGAGAAUAUCAAACUUGAGUUAUACGAAACAAUAGCACAUGAUAUUUUGUAAUCCGCUAGAAUAUUAUAGAUGCAAUGUGGUUCUGUAUAAACUACGGUACUUAUUCCACUCAUCUUAUCGUUUCUUGUUAUUACAUGCAUAAUAACGACGAUAUAUAUAUAUAUAUAUAUAUAUAGCUUUGGUUGUAAAAUUUAACAGCCCAGAGUUACUAAUGAAAAUAAAUUGAAGUUUACUUGCAUUAAUACAGAUGUGUCAAUAUAUCGUGAUAAAUAUUGUAGCAUCUUAUUAUGAUAUUAAAUUAUAUUAGCUAUUAUCCGAUA